UUUUCCGCAUUUCUUCUCUUGCGAACCCAAUCCUCUUCGUUCCCAAGUUCUUCAAACUGAAAUCUCGCAGUUUGUGAAGCUUCGAAGGAAAUAGACCCGAUUCAACUUGCGUGAACUUUACUGUGAUUGGUUUCUGAGCUCGAAUUGUGCUAACGAGUUCAAGCUUUGCAUCUUGGCUUGCUGUGGUGCAGAAAAAUAAUUUGGUUCACAUUUUUUGUGACAAGAGUGAUGUGCUGAGCAAAUGGCACUUAGGCUUCCAGCUCCAAAGGCGGCUGAGGUUGCAAUUGAGUCCAUUGGGUGUGGAUAUGAUAUAGCAAUAGAUCUGAGAUUGAAAUAUCGUAAAGGGAAUUUAAAGGAUUCUCGUCUGAUCGAGAUUGAUGAAGAUGGGGGUCACGAGAUUGUUCUGCCUGGUGGUAUUCCAAUCCCCAACGUGUCCAAAUCAAUAAAAUGUGAUAAAGGGGAGCGCACAAGGUUUAGGUCUGAUGUUCUCUCUUUCCAACAGAUGUCAGAGCAGUUCAACCAGGAUCUAUCUUUGACAGGGAAAAUUCCUUCAGGCCUCUUCAAUUCCAUGUUUGAGUUCUCAGGUUGUUGGCAGAAGGAUGCAGCCAAUACAAAGACCCUUGCUUUUGAUGGGGUGUUCAUCACCCUCUACACAGUUGCACUGGAAAAAUCGCAAAUGGUUCUACGAGAUCAUGUAAAAAAAGCUGUCCCAUCAUCAUGGGAACCAGCAGCAUUAGCUAGGUUUAUAGAGACAUAUGGCACCCAUAUUAUUGUUGGGGUUAAGAUGGGAGGCAAGGAUGUUAUAUAUGUUAAACAACCACAUUCCUCAAAUCUCCAACCUGCUGAUGUACAGAAAAUAUUGAAGGAGAUGGCAGACAAGAGGUUCUUAGAUGCCAGUGGACAUCAUGGCAUGGCAUCUGAACAAGUUCACCAGAGUGACAAGUUUGAAAUCAGGGAGCAGCGGCUAAGGUUUGCAAAUAGCAGUCCGUCAUGCUCAUAUGCACACAAGGAGGAUAUCAUAAGAAUUUGCAAGAGAAGAGGUGGAAAUGAUAAUAGAAACCUUUCCCACAAUGAUUGGUUGCAAACUGUUCAUUUAGAGCCUGACGUGAUCUCAAUGUCCUUUAUCCCAAUUACCUCUCUGUUGAAUGGAGUACCCGGGAGUGGAUUCUUGAGCCAUGCCAUAAAUCUUUAUUUGCGAUAUAAACCACCUCUUGAAGAACUCCACCAGUUUUUGGAAUUUCAGCUUCCAAGGCAGUGGGCACCAGUUUUUAGUGAGCUUCCUCUCGGUCCACAACGGAAGCAGCAAAGCUCUGCAUCUUUGCAGUUCUCUUUCUUGGGGCCCAAGCUUUAUGUGAACACCUCUCCAGUUGACGUUGGUAAGAGGCCAGUGACUGGCUUGAGGCUUUAUUUAGAAGGUAAAAGAAGCAAUCACCUGGCCAUCCACUUGCAGCACCUUUCAUCUCUUCCAAAAGUGUUCCAACUUGAAGAUGAUCCAAAUGGGAACUUCAGCAAACAGCCCUAUGAUCGUAAAUACUACGAAAGAGUUCAGUGGAAGAAUUACUCUCAUGUUUGUACUGCACCUGUUGAGUCUGACGAGGAUCUUUCCAUAGUAACUGGAGCCCAGUUACAAGUAGAGAAUCACGGUUUUAAAAAGAUACUCUUUCUAAGGCUACGCUUCUCAACUGUUUUGGGAGCUAUGGUUGUUAAGCAUCCAGAAUGGGAUGGAUCACCAGGCUUGGCACCAAAAUCUGGACUCAUAUCGACACUAAUCAGUCAUCACUUCACAGCAGCACAAAAGCCGCCUCCUAAGCCAGCUGAUGUGAAUAUAAACUCUGCAGUUUACCCUGGGGGCCCACCAGUACCCGUCCAAGCUCCCAAGCUUUUAAAAUUUGUUGAUACAACAGAGAUGACAAGAGGUCCGCAGGAAACUCCUGGGUAUUGGGUUGUUUCUGGGGCAAGAUUAGUUGUUGAAAAGGGCAGAAUAUCUCUCCGAGUCAAGUAUUCUUUAUUGACUGUAGUAUUAUCUGACGAAGAAGAGAUAGAAGAACACUAGCAGAUUCUUGUCUCCCUCCUUUUGUGGCCUUGGUCGGCACAGAAAGAAAGAAAUCUAGAGGGAAGUUACAUACGAUCAAAGAAAGCCAAACAAACGUAAUAGAGAGGGAGGGAAUUGGGUGACUACAUAUGCAAAUGACCAUGUUUAUACCAUGAAAUUGGUGAGGGGUAAACAAUUGAAGAGGGUUGAUUGGGGAUUGAUGGGUGGUGAUUGUAUUAUUUUGUUGGAAUGAAUUUUGUUCUGUUUGUGAUGUAGAUUCUUGGCAUUUCAGUGCAAUCUGGUUUAAGGUAUAACAUACUGAAUUGCACAGAAACUCUUCAUAGGUUUUCUCUUGCACUAUUAUAUGCACAAAAGAAGCCUGCGAAAAGACCACAAAACAAGAAAAACCUUAACUGAAU